AGCAGAGCCGCGAACACAGCACAAACACCAACUUCACAUUUCAUAAAGUUACGAUUUAAUUAUUAUUGACUGUCGCCGUUAAUUUCAAGUUUGACAACUGACGAUAUCCUAAAAACUAGCAGGAUGAAGAUUACAGCGAGUCCCGCAGUAACAAAUUUUUACACGGAUAUCCUUGCUCACUCUUUUGAGCCUGGGGGUCAACGAGUCGCCGCCGCGACGACCAUGGGAAAGUUCAUAGUGUUCGAACGCGACUGGGACAAUAAUGAAGCAUUCACAAAAAUGGAAAUGAUGCUUCCCAACAACGCCCCCGCCCUGUGUCUCGACUGGAAAAAUGGCAAUGUCGGAAUCCUUCUUGGGGCUAAAUCCCUCCUCUACCUCUUUCGUCAAGACAGGAAUGGCGACUUUGACGAUGAUGCUGCAAGAUUGACAAAAUUCGACGUGAAGUAUGACGUUCAUGAUGUGGCAUCCAGAGGGUCUGGUUCUCCCGUUAUUUUUGGAGCGUGUGAUGACUGCAAGGUUCGAGUUUGGGAUGUCGAAACACAAAAACUAGUGGGGGAGAUGACGGACCAUAAAAUGCCAUUGGAAGUUUGUAAAGCAAAUGAUGAGUAUGUUGUGACUGGCGGUCAGGAUGGAAACGUGGUUGUUUAUGAUGCCUCAUUAAGGUCACCGAAACCAAUUGUUUCCUUUGAUCAGGGGAAAUCUACUAUUACUGCAUUGGACAUUAGUAGUGACUCUACAUGGAUCGCGGCCGGGUCAGCGGGAGCUCCUAUCGUUUAUAAUUUAAAAAAUUCCGCAAUACUUCCACAAAUUAGUCUAGAGAAUCCAAACAAAAUCCACACGGUUCACUUUGAUCAAAUGAAUACGCUUUGGUGGGGUGGUGGUUCAGGACGAAUCUUCAAGUCACUAAAUUUGACUGAAAUAUCAACCGAGAUAAAAGCAACGUAUGGGGCAGCUACAAUAUUUCAUGUUUAUUCCAUCACCUCAACGUCACCAAACCGUCUCAGCGCGGCUGGAUCAUCGACUGGGAUUCUAUUUUCGGAAAAUGGGGACUUUUUUGAGGGCAUGGUCCACAUUUGAAACUUAUUUUAACAUGUGCCGAUUUAAUUUUUUUUUAUACUUUUGCAUAAUCCAUGCUACCAAAAUGAUAAUAUUUGCUGCAAAUAAAUAAUUAGGCAGAAUAAACUGAGAUUGAAAAACUGA